AUGGGUCGAAAAAAUGAAUUGUUAUUUUUUAGCAACACACGAAUGGAAGAGAAAAGAGUAGCUAGUAAUUUCUUUUCCACGUACAAAGAAAAAAGUUACGAUUAUGAGAAAUACCAAAAUUUUAUAUCGCUCAUUAUAUCAUUAUUCCCAUUGCUACUAAUAAGUAUGGUUCAUUUGUUGAUAAAAACAAAUGGAUACUAUAUCGGGAAUUUAUUUUUGAUGAUAACAUAUUUGUUUUCUUUUUUUUUCUUUAUUUUAUAUUAUUAUAAUUCAUAUAUUGUUUUUGUGUUUUUUGUAUUUUUUUCUUUUUUCAUAUCAUUAUGUUUACACGAAUUUGCCCACGCACUUGUUGCAUACAAGUAUGGUGAUAUAACAAUGGUAUAUAAGGGCUACCUCUAUUUGGACAUUGUAAACUAUCUGGAUAUAUUUCAUACCAUAAUAAUACCAUCAAUAACAUUAUUUAUAACGGGAUUUGGUUUACCAGGAAAUUUAUAUUGGCUUCAACUACAUUAUAUAAGAAGUAGAUUUCAGUUGUCGCUUAUUUUUUUAUCAGGCCCCAUAGCAGACAUUCUGUAUAUCCUACUAAUAGUUUUUUUUUAUAAUUUUUAUGCCUACUUUAAGAACAAUAAAAAUUUAAGCGCUGAACCACAUUCCAUAUUAUUCAUAUCACUAGCGACAUCUGCUUCCUUUCUAGUGGAUUCCUUUCUCUUAAAUAUUUGUCCAAUUCUUGGAUUUGAUGGAUGGGGAAUUGUUGAGCCAUAUUUACCCUACUGUAUAAAUAAUCUAAUCAAUGAAGAAAUUGUGUACAACUAUUUGUCUUAUAUAUGUCCCCUUGUUGUUUUUAUAUAUUUUAAUUUUAUUGAAACAAAAUAUCUUUUUUUCACAAAAAUUGUUAAUUUUAUAUUGGCAAAAAUUUUCGGAAUCCAGAUUUCCCAUGUGACCAGUGGAAUUAAUUCUUUUCCAACAUUAUAUGCUUACCUUAGAAAUAUAUAA